AUGCACAAGGGUCACCCUUGCAGAAGCGCAAAAAGCCCUCGGCUGUGGUCCCACGCACAAUGGCACAAUUUGCCAAAUGGAACUCGUCCUCCAUACAUCCAUCACACCAUCACAACCAGAGCGGAUGCAGACCCGUCCAUGGUGGGUAUGACUUCUCCUAUUAAGGAUGGUGAUGCCUCGGCGUCGGCGAAGCACCGACCAGCUGAUACCAAGAACAGAACACUCAGCAUCGGCAGCAUUAGAACCGAUCCUCACAUUGGAGCUACCUCCACUGGAAACGGAGAUCAAGUCAACGGCAAUCAGACUCAUACGCAGACUCACAGCAACUCGCACAAUACAGUGGUCAACUUGAGUCUUAUCAGUCUUAAUAUAGACUCUGCAGACCUCCUGUAUCCCCUGGGCCUGUCUGUACUACUACAAACUUUGGGGGUUCCGGUUCCCCGAGGGCAGGGCUCUUUGAGCUACGAGCCUUUUGUCGUUGUGGCGGCAGGCUUGGCAUCAAUCAAGCUGCUCCUGCGUGGACCACUCACCAGUCGAGUAUGCAGUGAUACAUUCAUGGAAGCGGCUAAAUCGCUCAACCAUUCGUGCCGAGCCGUUAUCGUCCGUGCCCGUCAUGAGAUCAGAGCAAGCACAUUCACACCAAGCAUGUCUCACUAA